UAAACUCAUUGCUGUCUGCCGGAAAUAAGACGUAGAAGAAGACACAAAGCUGCUCGCUACUAGCGUUGCUAACUUUCACGGAAGCGGCAUAGCUUUUCAACCGGUAGCAUUAAAUAUAUAAAAAGGAGCCUAUACUUGUGAAAGUUUUCAGGCUUGGAUCCGAGGCCCUGUGCCAUAUGUCUUGAACUCAUCCUUUACCACUAUCAUGGCUGAAUCCCUGGUUUAAAGUUUUCUUUUUGUCUAACUUAAGGAAGUGGAUGGACACAGUUUUGGAUUGGAACUAGGAUUAGGAUAAGGACCACUACACUAUUUGUGGAACAAGAAGUGAUCUUAAAGUCUGCAGUUGCCCUCAUUCUGUGUCAGCAGUGCCUCUCACUCAAACGCUAUGUCGGAUGGCCGGAUCUAUGUGGGGAAUCUUCCCGCAGAUGUCCAGGAGAGAGACAUUGAGGAUCUCUUCUUCAAAUAUGGAAAAAUCCGUGAAAUUGAACUGAAGAACAAUAGAGGCACAAUUCCUUUUGCCUUCGUCCGCUUUGAAGACCCACGGGAUGCAGAUGAUGCUGUGUAUGGAAGGAAUGGAUAUGGAUAUGGAGACUGCAAGCUGCGUGUAGAGUAUCCGCGAUCUUCUGGUGCAAAAUUUGGUCCUAUGGGAGGAGGUGGUGGAGGAGGAGGAGCAGGAGGAGUAGGAGGAGGAGGAGGAGGACCUAGGGGAAGAUUUGGACCCCCAACUCGAAGAUCUGAAUUCCGCGUCAUAGUGACUGGGUUGCCACCAUCUGGAAGCUGGCAGGAUCUGAAGGAUCAUAUGCGCGAGGCAGGGGAUGUUUGCUUUGCAGAUGUGCAGCGAGACGGAGAGGGUGUAGUGGAAUUUCUUCGUAGAGAGGACAUGGAAUAUGCAUUGCGUAGACUGGAUCGAACUGAGUUCCGUUCACAUCAAGGUGAGACUGCUUACAUCCGUGUCUUUGAGGAGAGGGGCACUCCCAACUGGGGUCGGUCACGUUCCCGCUCCAGAUCUAGAGGCCGCUAUUCACCACCCUACCGUAACAGAGGAUCUCCCCCUCCACGCUACCAAUCACCUCCUCGCUUUGCUAUGUCACGCCAUAGUCCACCCCCCAGGCGGCACCCUCCACAGCACCACAGCCCACCUCCGCGUCAUUAUCGGUAGAAAGGCCCAUCAUUUAUAGAUGAAGUGGGGAAAUGUUUUCUAAUUUUACUUUUUUUUUUGUUUGUUUGUUUGUUUUUUUACCCCAGGCCUCUUUGUAGGAUGUACCAUUUAAAAUUUUUUUUUUA